CAGGAGGAACCCGCGGGAGAGGAGCUCCGAGCCCCCGCGCCGCAGCCGCCGCAGCCCGUGCGCCCCGCGUCCUCGCGCGCCAUGGCCAAAGAAGGCGUGGAGAAGGCGGAAGAGACGGAACAAAUGAUCGAGAAGGAGGCAGGCAAGGAGCCGGCGGAGGGCGGCGGCGGCGGCUCGCACCGGCUCGGGGACGCCCAGGAGAUGCGCGCCGUGGUGCUGGCCGGCUUCGGGGGUCUCAACAAGCUGCGGGUCACCAGGAAGGCCAUGCCCGAGCCGCAGGACGGCGAGCUCAAGAUCCGCGUCAAAGCCUGUGGUUUAAACUUCAUUGACUUGAUGGUGAGACAAGGAAACAUCGACAACCCUCCCAAGACGCCCCUGGUGCCAGGUUUUGAGUGUUCGGGGAUUGUUGAAGCUCUGGGGGACAGCGUGAAAGGAUACGAGAUCGGGGACCGAGUCAUGGCAUUUGUCAAUUACAACGCCUGGGCAGAGGUGGUCUGCACGCCAGUGGAAUUUGUCUACAAGAUCCCGGAUGACAUGAGCUUCUCCGAGGCUGCUGCCUUCCCCAUGAAUUUCGUCACAGCCUACAUGAUGCUGUUCGAAGUCGCCAAUCUCCGAGAAGGGAUGUCCGUGCUGGUGCACUCGGCGGGCGGCGGUGUGGGCCAGGCUGUGGCUCAGCUGUGUUCCACUAUCCCCAAUGUGACGGUCUUUGGAACAGCUUCUACCUUCAAGCAUGAAGCCAUCAAAGACUCCGUGACCCACCUCUUCGACAGGAAUGCAGACUAUGUGCAAGAAGUGAAAAGAAUCUCUGCGGAAGGAGUGGACAUUGUUUUGGAUUGCCUCUGUGGGGACAACACUGGAAAAGGUCUCAGCCUUCUCAAACCACUGGGAACCUACAUUUUAUAUGGUUCAUCCAACAUGGUGACUGGAGAGACCAAGAGCUUCUUCAGCUUUGCAAAAUCGUGGUGGCAGGUCGAGAAAGUGAACCCCAUCAAGCUGUACGAAGAGAACAAAGUCAUCGCGGGGUUUUCCCUUUUAAAUCUGCUCUUCAAGCAGGGCCGCGCGGGCCUCAUCCGAGGGGUGGUGGACAAGCUCCUGGCACUCUACACCCAGAAGAAGAUCAAGCCCGUUGUGGACUCCCUGUGGGCCCUGGAGGAGGUGAAGGAGGCCAUGCAGCGGAUCCACGACCGAGGGAACAUUGGCAAGUUAAUUCUGGAUGUAGAGAAGACCCCGACUCCACUGAUGGCCAACGACAGCACAGAGACCAGCGAGGCGGGAGAAGAGGAGGAGGACCAUGAGGGUGACAGCGAGAACAAGGAGCGGAUGCCCUUUAUCCAGUAACGCAGGACCCAGCCAGAAGGAUGAAGGGCGGUUUGGAAUAGGAGGAGCCAGCUGAGAAAGCUCCUCUGUCCCAGUGAACAAAUGCUGUAGUCCAGUGCGUGUCGUGUUUGUCUGCAGUCAGCUGAGCUAAAAAGCUUUCGAUCACUGUUGUUUUUCGAAAUUAAGUGCCAAUCCCCAUUCCAUGCAGUAUUAUGUCCCUCCCGCCUCUAUGUAUUACACUCUCCCCUUUCCCCUGUUCCAAAACCAUCCAUCCUUAAGUCCUUCUUGACAGUUCUCAAACAGCCUAAUUAGUACAAGCCCACAGGCCCAGUGCCUAAGAGACCAGACGUGGGCAAAGACAAGUUUGGGUUGGAAGGUGUUAUCACAGAGCAAUCUCCAGAUCCCAGAAUUUUCAGGCCAAUGACACUUUCGCUGCCGGCCACCCUGCUUCUGAUAAGGACACUUGCCGAUUGGGCCGGCAGACAGAGGGUAGGCCAGAUAAUUUCAUGAGCCCAUAAAUUUAGCAUCUCCCCAAAUAGUACUUUCCUCUCCCCCAACGUCCUUGUAUUUAUUCAAUUAUCUCAUGGUCGGAAGGUUGAACCACUGACUCACCCUCUGAAGCUUGAUCCCUUCACUGGUCUUGUCCAUCGACACAGGGAAACAGGUCCAAUUUUUUCAGGAUAGAAAAUGGGUCAACAUUAUGAGUUUGCAGACCAGCCACAGAGAUUUCUCCUCUGAAACCACAGCUCAUGAGUAAGAUCCACCCCCCUACCAUAUAUAUUUUAUCUUAGUUUUAAGAAAACUCACCACGUGCGGGACUAUUUCAGAAAGCAUUACUGAGACUCGCCUGUGUUUGCACAUGCACUGUUGGCAUGACCAAUGUUGCUAUAUCCAUUUCCUAAUAGUGAGCAGCCACCUUUACCAUGGAACCCCCUCACCCCUCCGAGGAAGACCUCCCUGGAGAUGAUAUUUGGGGGGAAAAAAUCAAUGUAUCCUUUUACUUGCCAAAGUAUGUUCCAACAUGUAAUGAAUUUUAGUGGUACAAAGUUGGCGUGCGGUAUCAGAUGCCAAAUGUGUGGUUCCUCUCCUCUGAGAUAUAAAAUCAUGGUGCAAACUCUACAGGACCCCUGCACUGGGGGAUUGGGGACCAAACCACCUGACUGCACACCCUUGUUUAAUAGUGUAGCUCCUAAUCUUCGAAGAAACCCCGCUCUUUGCCCCACCCCACUUGGCAUGCAGAGAUGAACAAGUCCCUGCAGGAAGAGAAAGAAACUCAA